UGUCGCGAACGCUGGAGGAAUAUAAGAGGAUCCUUUUUAAGAUCGUUAAAAAAACCACGCUCCGGCGCAGGAACUAACGAAAAGAAAAAAUAUUACCUCUCUGAUCAUUUACAAUUCAUUCUUCCUUUUACCAAAAGUAAAGCAAGUACUGGAAAUCUAGAAACAAUCGAUGAUAAUUCUGAAGAAGAAAAUAGCGAAUCCCAGGAAAAUACGGAAAAUGAAGACCUGCAUUCUCAACCGCAAAAUGAUGAAAGAAGUCAAGAUGGCAAUGCAUCUAAUUCGCUAUCAGAUUUAAUUACAAAUGAGAACGUGAAUGUAACAAGUAGACAAGAAGUCACUACACCUACUAAUAUAGCAAAAAAGAGAAAACUGUCUCAAAUUUCUUCAUUACCUCCAAAUCCUGUUGACGCUGCUUUUGUGGGGUGGCUUAAGAACAAAAAAGAAAGAGACGAUAACAAAAAUGAUGAUCCAAAUAUGUCAUUUUUACGAAGUUUAGUACCAGAUAUGCGUAAAAUGACAGAGAAGCAAAAUCGCCGAUUUCGGCAAAAAGUUAUUGGGCUUGUAGAUGAAAUAUUGGAAGAUGCG